AUGGGACGAGUUAUUCGCUCUCAGAGAAAAGGACCUGGGUCUGUCUUUAAAGCUCACACAAAGAACAGGAAGGGCAAGGCAGCUCUUAGAGCUGUUGACUAUGCUGAGAGACAUGGCUACAUUAAGGGUGUUAUUCGUGACAUUGUCCAUGAUCCUGGCCGUGGAGCUCCUCUUGCCAAAGUUCAGUUUCGUGACCCAUACAAGUAUCGUAUGCUGACUGAGACUUUUCUUGCAGUUGAAGGCAUGCACACUGGACAGUUUAUUUACUGCGGCAGAAAAGCAAACCUGCAGAUUGGCAACAUUCUGCCUAUUGGCAUGAUGCCUGAAGGUACCAUUGUAUGCUGCUUGGAGGAGAAAAAUGGUGACCGCGGCAAAUUGGCACGUACAUCGGGCAACUAUGCAACUGUGAUCUCUCACAACCCUGAGACCAAGAAGUCUAGAGUGAAGCUUCCAUCUGGCACCAAGAAAGUUGUGUCAUCUGCCAACCGAGCCAUGAUUGGAAUUGUUGCUGGUGGUGGACGUAUUGACAAACCAAUCCUGAAGGCAGGUCGUGCCUAUCACAAGUACAAGGCCAAGAGAAACUGCUGGCCUAAAGUUAGAGGUGUUGCUAUGAACCCUGUUGAACAUCCUCAUGGUGGUGGUAAUCACCAACACAUUGGUAAGGCAUCCACAGUCAGACGAGAUGCUUCUGCUGGUAGAAAGGUUGGUCUUAUUGCUGCCCGCCGUACGGGGCGUCUUAGAGGCACUAAGCAAGUUACAUCAAAGGAAAAAGAAUAA